CCGGGCUGCGUAGAGGUGGGCUGUGAGAUCAACAUCGGGCAGCAGCUGUUUUUAAUAGCAUUUACUCUCUACCUGUCCUGGGGGGGUCUCUUUGGCUUAAUUGAGGUUUUAUUCUAAAGAUCCAAUUGGAGGUUAUUAUUACUCACGCGAACAGAAAGAUGAAUUACAUAUUUGGAGUUAUCGGAGGACAGUCAGCAGGCCCACAACCGACCGGAGCAGAAACAGUUCAAAAGCUAUGUGAUCGUGUGGCUUCAUCCACCCUGUUGGAGGAUCGAAGAGAUGCUGUCCGAGCCCUCAAGUCUCUGUCAAAGAAAUACCGUUUGGAGGUGGGCACAAAGGCAAUGGAACAUUUGCUUCAUAUUCUGCGGACUGACAGCUCGGAUACUGAAAUCCUGGGAUAUGCUUUGGACACAUUAUACAAUAUUGUUUGCAAUGAUGAAGAGGAGGAACCAGAGGAGAACCAUCAAAAGCAGGAGGAUGAUAUGGGAGUUCAGUUUACUGACAAGUUUAUCCAGGAACCAGAUAAUGUCACUCUUCUCCUUACACUGUUGGAGGAAUUUGACUUUCAUGUCCGAUGGCCAGGUGUUAAGCUUUUAACUGCACUUUUGAAAAACCAGUGUGCUCAGGCCCAAGGCAUCAUCCUGGUGAGCCCCAUGGGAGUGUCCAGGUUAAUGGAUCUACUUGCUGACUCCAGGGAAGUCAUCCGAAAUGAUGGUCUUCUGCUGCUUCAGCAACUAACCAAAGGCAAUGCUGCAAUUCAGAAAAUCGUGGCUUUUGAAAACGCUUUUGAGAGACUCCUUGAUAUUAUCACAGAGGAGGGUUCAAGUGAUGGAGGUAUUGUGGUGGAGGACUGUCUCUUAUUGUUGCUCAACCUCCUAAAGAACAAUAGCUCCAAUCAGAAUUUUUUCAAAGAAGGAUCUUAUAUCCAAAGGAUGAAACCGUGGUUUGAAGUGGGGGAUGACAACUCUGGCUGGUCAGCACAGAAAGUCACCAACCUCCAUCUAAUGCUUCAGCUGGUGCGGGUGAUGGUUUCUCCAGUAAACUCUCCAGGGGGCACAUCCAGCUGUCAGAAGGCCAUGUUCCAAUGCGGGCUCCUCCAACAGUUAUGCACCAUCCUCAUGGCCACAGGUGUUCCUGCUGAUAUCCUCACAGAGACCAUUAAUACCGUGUCAGAGGUCAUCCGUGGCUCUGAUGUCAACCAGGAUUACUUUGCAUCUGUUAAUGCUCCAUCCAAUCCACCAAGGCCUGCAAUCGUGGUUCUUCUCAUGUCUAUGGUGAACGAGAGACAGCCGUUUGUUCUACGCUGUGCUGUGCUUUACUGCUUCCAGUGCUUCCUCUACAAGAACCAUAAAGGCCAGGGGGAGAUAGUAUCCACACUACUGCCCUCCACUAUAGAUGCUAACUCUAUCUCAGCGGGACAGCUGUUAUGUGGAGGCUUAUUCUCAUCCGACUCUCUGUCAAACUGGUGUGCCGCUGUGGCUCUGGCUCACGCACUGCAAGAUAACCUCACCCAGAAAGAACAACUGCUCCGGGUACAGUUGGCCACCAGUCUGGGCAAGCCACCUGUUUCCCUUCUGCAACAAUGCACCAAUAUUCUAUCCCAGGGUAGUAGGGUACAGACAAAGGUGGGUCUUCUCAUGCUACUCUGCACCUGGAUCUGUAACUGUCCCAUUGCUGUCAUGCAUUUCCUGCACAAUCAAGACAAUGUUCCCUUCCUAACAGGUCAGAUCUCUGAAAACCUGGGUGAAGAUGAGCGACUGGUUCAGGGUCUGUGUGCCUUGCUGUUGGGGAUUUGUAUCUACUAUAAUGACAACAGCUUAGAGAAUUACACAAAAGAAAAGCUGAAACAGUUGAUUGAGAAGCGCAUAGGGAAGGAAAACUUUGUGGAGAAGCUGGGCUUCGUAACCAAACAUGAACUGUAUUCCCGUGCUGCUCAGAAACCUCAACCAGCCUUUUCCGCCCCAGAGCACAUGCUGUUUGAUCAUGAGUUCACCAAACUUGUCAAAGAGUUAGAAGGCGUGAUCACAAAAGCUGUGCUUAAGUCAAGCGAGGAAGAGAAAAAAGAAGAAGAGGUGAAAAAAACAAUAGAACAGCAUGACAGCAUUGUUACGCAGUACAAAGAGCUGAUCAGAGAACAGGACUCUCAGUUAAAAGAGAUGAAGGAGCAAAUGGCAUCACUAAUGUUACAGAAUGAAACGCUCCAGAACACCACAACACAACAGCUCUCUCAGAUCCAGCAGCACAAGGACCAGUACAACAUCCUUAAACUCAAACUAGGUAAAGAUAAUCAGCAGACAGGUAGUCAGGUAGAUGGAGCCCAUGUGAACGGCCUGCAGCUAGAAGAGUUGAGCCAACUCCGAGAACAACUGGAGGAUCUACAUAGAGAAAACCAAUCACUGCAGACACAACUCACUGAAAAGGACAAUGUAAUUACAAGCCUGGUACGUAAAGCUGAGGGGGUACCAUCAGCAGAGGGAUCAACUUCAGAAAACACAGAAAUAUUGAGGCAGGUGGAGAAGCUGAAAGCUCAGCUGCAGAGCCAGACAGCAGAGAUCACACAGCUUCAGACUGAAAGGCAGGAGCUUAUUGGAAGAUAUGAGACCAGGGCUACAGUCCCAGUCACUGGAGAAGAUAGUGGUUACUCAGAGAAGAUUGCAGAGUUAGAAAGCAGACUGUCCACUCAGAACACUGAAACACAAAAGCUCAAGGAGGAAGUUAAAGCGCUUCUGGAAAGCAAAGAAUCAAUGGAGAAAGAGCUUGCUUCAUCCACAAGCACAGUGGCCAUCUUGCAGGCGGAGAAGAACAAAUUGCAGAAGGAGGUGCAGGACUCUAAAAAGGAGCAGGAUGAGCUUCUCAUGCUACUUGCUGACCAGGAUCAGAAGAUUCUGUCCUUGAAACAGAAACUCGAGGAAUUGGGAGAGACGAUUGAAGAUGAGGAUGAUCUGGAUACAAAAGACCAGUUUGAUGAAGAUGAUGAUGAUGAUGAGGAGGAGGAGGAUGAGGAGGAUGAUGAUGAAUAAAAAGUAUUGACUUAUUAGUGGAAGUGAAAGACUGCUAACAUUAACUUCUCUCUUACAUGCCUAGCAAAAGAGCUUGAAGGCUAUGGACAUUUCAUCUGAUCUUCUGAUUAACUGUUUUAUUUUUCAAGGCUACCUUUUUAAUUUAAAGAAUUUGCUUGCCAGUAGGAAAGCAAUCCAGGGAUUUCAUUUUCCCACCUAAAUGAACUGGACCCAUUUUUUGAUCCAUUCAAUUUUAAAGAAACAACAAAUUGCAUCUAAACUAAUAUCUAGGAUAAUAAACACAGAGGAAUGCUUCAAAACUCGAAUCAAAACUCCAGUGAGUAUAUCCCAACCGCACACAGAUGUAGGAGAUGACUGGAUUGCUCUUUACACUAAUAAUUAAGAAGAGAAAAUAAAAUAUGUGCUCCUCUUUUGUAUAACAUAGUGCAAAAAAAGGUUCAGUCUGUUUUUCUGAAAUGCUUGAGAAGUUGAGUUAGUGAUGAGCGACUUCAUUGACGUAUGUGUUCUGCACAAUUGCCUUCUCUGCUCAGGUGCAAAGUGAUAAACAUGUAUAUCAAGUUUUGGCCAAUUUAAUUUCGGUUUCACAUUAGAUUGCUGGCCAUUAAAUAGCGCAUUCCAGUUAGAGGACACCAUAAGAACAUGUUUUUUUUUGUCCCUUGAUGUCAACUGAUUUUUGUAUUUUUUUCAGCUUAUUAACAAAUAAUCAACACUCUCUUUAAAUUUGUUGCAUUGUUUUCACACUAGCUACAUGUUUCCCAUGCGUUCUGAUUGGACAACACUGUUGAAGACCCUCCAAUAUUUCAGGUUCCUUUAAGACUGGAGAGCUUUUGCUAGAUUUGGUUUAAUUUAUGGAUAAACAAGCCACAUAAAAAUAAACUCUAAAAUGCU